AUGCGUAUUCUUUGCCUUCACGGUCACGGCACCAACGCCCGCAUCUUGGAGAGCCAGUUGGAGAGGUUGCGUGCAAAACUCCCUCAUGAUUGGACCUUCGACUUCCUCGACGGUGAGCAUGUUGCUCCACCAGCUCCAGAAGCAAUAUUUCCCGGCCCUUACCUAUGCUAUCAUGGCGAGCCAGUUGAAGAGGACGUUAAGGCUGCCCACCAGUUCCUCUUGGAGGUGGUACGGGAAGAAGGACCCUUCGACAUGGUGGUGGGGUUCUCCCAAGGCGCUGCCUUGGCCGCUGCGGCCAUUGCUCGCCAUGAGCAGCAAUAUCUCACCGACGAUCUUUUCAAGGCGGCAGUGUUUGUUGGCGCGUCGAUGCCAUUCGACCUAGAUACGGGAAAGGUUCGUUUAACGUACGACGGGACGGGAUGUCUGCGGGCGGAACGCCUGGACGCGUCUGGAAACGCCAUCCCUGAAGAAGAUGGGUUACGUUGGGCGAAUGACUGCAGGACGGCCACCGUAAUCAACGAGUUCGAGAGCAGGAACCCGGACGUUCGGCAGACUGCACCCCAGAGCAUCGAGGUCCUUCUGAGGUACCAUCCUCGGACUCACCCGCAAAGGAUUCAGAUCCCAACGGUGCAUGUGGUUGGUGCCAAGGACGGAUACGCCCAACAGGGAUUGGAUCUGGUGUCUCUUUGCGACUCGCGUGUUUGCCAGACCAUCAUCCACGAGGGUGGUCAUGAAUUUCCUAGAAAGGAUGAGGCGCUUCAACGGGUCGCAGACUGCAUGCAAGCGGCAGCCGCCCAGACGAGUUACCUCCAGUGA